AUGGAAGACGACGCAUCUCAGGUGGCAGUCGGAGCAGUCCUACAUCGGAUUGCUAAGGAGGGACUCCAAUUUACGAUCUUCAAUGAUCACAAAUCUGCACUCUCCUUCCUCUCUCCUAGUGCCCCCGUAAUGCCCUCCUAUGAGCAGAUGCAGUUCUACAGCAGCCAAUUCUUUCCUAAUCAACAACGACAACAGCAUCAACGUCAUCAGAAGGCUCGAGCAGUUUUCUUCCAAGUCAUUCUCUUCCGAUCCAGUCUUGGAUUCGGUUUCUUCAUUCGUGGAGGUCACGAGUUCAAUCAAAUGCCGCUCGCUGUACUACGAGUGGCUGAGGGUGGACCUGCAUAUCUGGAUGGCCGAUUAAAGGUUGGUGAUGAGCUAUUACAAAUAAAUGGUUUCAUGACUGCGGGAAUGUCUCACCGUCGAGAUUAUUCAAACCGGUGGAAAUAUGAUUCGUCUUGGGACCACCAUUCUCCCAGGGAAACCCGACAUCUCGAUUUCAUCGUGCAAUUCACGAGCGAUAUACGAUAUAUCUACGGCACUAGCAAUGUUGUUGCCGAUGCAAUGUCGCGUACGGAAUUGAACCCUAUCGUCGUACCCUCGCUGGAUCUGCAAAUCCUGGGGUCCGAGCAAAAGUCAGUCCCCGAUUUCAUGGAAAUCCAUUUUCAUGUUUUGUCGCAUCCGAGCAUUCGUUCCACAACAAAGUCGAUCACUGACCGGUUCGUUUGGAAGAACAUCCGACAGGACGUGGCCAAAGAUUGCAUCGCCUGUCAAGCCAGCAAGGUCUAUAAACAUACACGAAGUCCACUCAACAGUUUCCUCCUUCCAGAGUUUCGUUUUCGACAUAUUCACGUUGAUAUUGUCGGUCCACUACCUCCUUCAAAUUCUUUCUCUUACACCCUAACGUGCAUUGACCGUUUCACGCGUUGGCCUGAUCGCUGUUCCUUUAAUUGA